AAACCGCAUGGUUUAGUUCACUUCGUCGAUAAAAUAAACAAUCAGUAGAAAAUACUCUUUGAGAGUAAUUAUGAUUGAUAGAAAAUGUCGCGACUGAUAGUAAAGAAUUUGCCAAAGAAAAUUCCAGAUACUAAGUUGAAGGAAGUGUUUAGCCAGAAAGGUUUGGUAACUGAUGUGCAAUUGAAAUACACGAAGGAUGGAAAAUUCCGUCGAUUUGCUUUUAUCGGAUUUAAAACAGAAGAGCAGGCUAUUGCUGCCAAAGAUUAUUUUGAUAAUACCUGUAUCGACACUUGCAAAAUAUCCAUAGAGCAGUGCGCAAGUCUAGGGGAUUCUUCUAAACCCAGGUCAUGGAGUAAAUAUGCACCUGACAGUUCAAAAAAUAUAGCAAGCAACGAGGAUUCUAUAGAUACACCAGACACUGAAUUGUUAAAGAAAACAGCAAAAGAUGAAAAAAAGAAAGAAAAGAAAGAAAAGAAAGCCAAGAAAAGUAAAAAACAAACAGAACUAAACGAAGAAAUCAAAGAAGCAUUGGAAAAACAUAAGGAUGACCCAUUAUUCAUAGAAUUCCUUGAAAGCCACACAGCAAACAAAACUGUAUGGAAGAAUGAUACUCUACUAACAGCUAUUCAAAGUAAGGAGCAUAGUGACGCUGAGGAUAAUGAUAAAGAGGCUAGUAAUAAAGAUGAUAGUGAAAAAGAAGAAGCUGAAAAGCAAAAACUUGCAGACAAAGUCAUAUCUGAUUUAGAGUAUAUGGAAACGCUGAAAACAAAAGAUCACAAUACAAAGAAGAAGAAGGAUUCAGUUGAGAAGAAAGCAUCAAAAGGUGGCCCUGUAAAAUUCUUCACUGUGAAACUUAGGGGUCUGGGAUACAAUCAUAAGAAAAAGGACGUCAAAUUUUUUUUCCGUCCGUUGAAAGCAAAAUCGAUACGAGUGCCGCCAAAAAUCAAGGGCAUAGCUUACGUUGGUUUUAAAACCGAGCAACAUCUGAAGAAAGCAUUAUUGAAAGAUAAAUGUUUUUUAGGUGGAAAGCAAAUAUUUGUAACGAAAUACGAAGCGAAAGAUGAAGAAUCUAGUGGGGUACAGAACGAGAACAAUCCUAAUGUUAGGUGGAAAAAGCAAGAAGAGGCGCUAAAAGACGAAGAGAGCAUAGCAGAGUCUGGAAGAAUGUUCAUCCGAAAUCUGUCUUACACCACAACGGAAGACGAUAUGCGAAAGCUAUUCGAAAAGUACGGUCCUUUAACCGAAUUGAAUCUACCCGUGGACAAACUAACCAGGAAACCAAAAGGAUUCGGCACGGUGACAUUUUUAAUGACCGAGCACGCGGUGAAGGCGUACGGCGAAUUAGACGGUACGAUCGUGAACGGCAGAAUGCUACACCUUCUUCCUGGAAAAGCAAAAUUCGAUCCCAUGGAGCAACUCGACGAGCAGGGAUUGACUUAUAAACAGAAGAAGGAGUUGAAGGUCAAAGCGACAGCGGGAUCCGCGCACAACUGGAAUACACUGUUCCUCGGUCAGAACGCUGUAGCGGACGCUAUUGCGGCUACUUAUAAUACAACGAAGGAGAAGGUGCUGGAAGAUGGAACGAAAGGUUUGAGUGCUGCGGUGAAACUGGCGCUUGGAGAAACGCAAUUGGUGCAGGAUACCAAGAAUUUCUUGGAGGAAAAUGGCGUCUGUUUGGACGCGUUCGAUCGACCGGCGGCCAAACGAUCGAAAACGGUGAUACUCGUGAAAAAUUUGCCUGCUGCCACGCCUGCGCGUGAGAUCCGCCAGUUGUUCGCGCAGCACGGCGAGUUAGGUAGGCUCGUGAUGCCGCCCGCGGGUAUCACCGCGUUGGUGGAAUUCUUGGAACCGUCAGAAGCGCGGAAAGCAUUCACAAAAUUAGCAUACAGCAAAUACAAACACUUGCCGCUUUAUCUGGAAUGGGCGCCCGACAAUAGUUUCACGACUCCUCUCGUCGAGAGAAAAAAAAAAAAGGACGCCCGAGCGAACGAGAAAAAGGAGGGAAAGGAAAUUGCAGAGGCGCCAGACCAAUCUGUAGAACGUUUGGAGAUUGUAAACGACACUAAGAAAACUGAGAAAGAAGAAAGCGAGGACGAGGACGAGCCUGAACCAGACACGACUCUUUUCGUGAAAAAUAUUAACUUCUCGACUACGGACGAGCAAUUAAAAUCGUAUUUCAGCAAAUGCGGUCGCCUUCAUUAUGCCACAGUCGCAACGAAGAAGGAUCCAAAGAAUCCUGGUAGCAAGUUAUCCAUGGGUUAUGGAUUCGUACGUUACAAAACAAAGGCCGAUGCAGAUCGUGCACUGAAAGUGUUACAAAUGACUGUGCUGGAAGGAAAGACUUUAGAGCUAAAACGUUCCGAACGGACGUUAACGACCGACGUUAAGUCUGCGAAGAAAACAUCCAACGUCACGGCUCGAACGGGCACGAAGAUCCUCAUACGAAACAUACCGUUCGAGGCGACUGUCCAGGAGAUCACUGAACUUUUCAAAGCAUUUGGGGAACUGAAAGCAGUGAGGCUACCGAAGAAAUUAAUUGGCGUUGAGAAACACAGAGGAUUCGCGUUCGUGGAGUUCUAUACAAAAAGCGAGGCCAAGAAAGCAUUUAAAGCCCUGUGUCAAAGUACCCACUUGUACGGUCGAAGGUUAGUGCUGGAAUGGGCUCAAACCGAAGAGGACUUGGAAGAUAUUAGAAAAAGAACUGCUAAGCAUUUCGUUUACGAAGAGGAACCGACGAAGAAGAACAAAAAGGCUACGAUAAGCCCGGAAGACGUUGGCUUGGAAGCAGAAUGAGUUAUUUCGUCGACCAUUUGUAUAAUUGACUGUUUAUAAGACGACUUUGUACAUAGUGUUCGCGCACGACGUACAGAAUAAACUAUAAAUUCAUGGAACAACCGCGAUGCUAUCGCGCGCGUUUCCGUUCGAGCGUUGGCAUCGGUACAAGUCGACGGAAAGUUAAAAAGUUGUUUCCGACUCGCGAUGGCGUGCAACCGAUAUUGACCUUCGCGUCACGUCGAAACUUUUUCUUCGGUCUCACUUUUCUCGAAAAUGUUUAGGAUUUCUACGUGCACCGUGUCACGGUUACUAAUUGCAUGUAUUUGGGUUCUGAUACUAUUGAGUCGAUCCCUAUCGCGUGCCAAUGAACAUCGUGUACUCAGCAUUGAUCGUCGACCCACGUUCCGGCUGAUUUAAUUGCAGCCUCGAGAGCGGCUGUUGCACCACGUUUCGAUACAAGAAUGCGUCUCGACGUCACGAUUCCAGUUUAAGGCGCUCGCGGUACACGAAAUCUCUAUAAAAACAUUACUACUUUGAAUAAAAAUAAGGUUUUC